AUGGAUAUUCAGGACGCAUUUGAAGACUUCAUGAUUUCAUCUUCCACUUAUCCGACCGAAGUUAUUGACUUGACUAAUAGCGAUACAGACACAAAACCCAUAUCACCAGCUGCUGUUCGACACCUUUCCAGAGAAAAGAAUAAGAGCACUUCAAAGGCACUUGCUGAAACCAACGAAUGUUCCAAAGAUAUGGGGGAGAAGAAUGUUUGUGAUGACGAGGAUUUUGAUAUCGAAGAUGAAAGCAUCAUAGAACGCUUAAUUGGUCUCUUAGAAAUGUUUCCAGAGCCAGUACGUCGCGGCGUUUCUUUUGUCUACAGUGCAGCUUCAGAAGGCGUUGUAUCGGGUUAUUCUCUCAGCAGAUCGGUGACUUGGUUUUUGGUGAGCACAGCUACUGUAUGUUUCCUCCCACUUAUUCUGGAGCUAGAACGAGUUCAAACUGAAGAGCAAGAGGCAGUACAACAGCGUGCAAUGAUGCUUGGCCCUAGGGCUGCAGGUGGUGGUUCUGGCCUGGCCGGAUUCUCAGCAGCAGUUCCCCAUCUUACUCACAUAGAACCCAAGUAG